UUAACUGAAAGCAUCAACAUUGAUGAAAAGGCUCAUUUAGGCAAAGCACUGGUUGCCUUUGUUUACCAAACACACUUUAUUGUGUUGACUUCCCCACGUCUGCGCUGCAGUUACAUAACUACACUCAACAGUUAUUGUCAGUAACAUCUGUGACCUUCACACCCAGGAAUGACUUGUGUUUAUGGCAGAUAUGGUGGACUUCACCGAUGAGGAGGGGUACGGCCGAUACCUCGACCUGCACGACUGCUACCUGAAGUACAUCAACUUAAAGGGAGCUGAGAAGCUGGAGUACAUCACUUACCUGUCUUCAUUUGACCAGCUGUUCGACAUUCCCAAGGACAGGAAAAACGCUGAAUACAAAAAGUAUCUGGAGAUGCUGCUGGAGUACCUGCAGGACUACACCGACCGCGUCAAACCGCUGCUCGACCAGAACGACCUUUACGGCAAAGUGCUGUCAGAGUUUGAGAAGAAGUGGGAGAACGGGACCUUUCCAGGCUGGCCUAAAGAGACGAGCAGCGCUUUGACACAUGCAGGUGCUCAUCUGGACCUCUCUGCUUUCUCCUCCUGGGAGGAGUUGGCCUCUCUGGGUCUGGACAGGUUGAAGUCGGCACUCAUGGCUUUGGGACUGAAAUGUGGAGGUAUACUCUUAAUGAUUUCUACCGUCAUCCACAGAGACACGGAGCGCAACAAGGAAAUCGCCUUCCUGGAAGCUCAAGUAUACGAGUACGUGGAGAUCCUCGGGGAGCAAAGGCAGCUGACUCACGAGAACGUGCAAAGGAAGCAGGCCAGGACCGGAGAGGAGCGUGAGGAGGAGGAGGAAGAGCAGGUCAGCGAGAGCGAGAGCGAAGACGAAGACAACGAGAUCAUCUACAACCCCAAGAACCUGCCGCUGGGCUGGGACGGCAAGCCGAUCCCGUACUGGCUCUACAAGCUGCACGGGCUGAACAUCAACUACAACUGUGAGAUCUGUGGGAACUACACCUACAGAGGACCCAAGGCCUUCCAGAGGCACUUUGCAGAGUGGAGACACGCCCACGGGAUGCGCUGCCUGGGAAUCCCCAACACCGCUCACUUUGCCAACGUCACACAGAUCGAGGACGCCGUGUCUCUGUGGGCGAAGCUCAAGUCCCAGAAAGCGUCAGAGCGGUGGCAGCCCGACACAGAGGAGGAGUACGAGGACUCCAGCGGAAACGUGGUCAACAAGAAGACCUACGAGGAUCUGAAGAGACAGGGCUUGUUGUAAACUCUGGUUUUAUCCUGUUUCUUCUUUGUAAGCUGCAGCGUUUUAACAGCAUCACCAACUUUUCUCUUUUGCUUUUCAUAACUUUGUAAUGUGGCGACCGUUUAUGAUCAUAAUAAAGUAGAAACCUUUGUCAGCACG